AUGUCACAAGACCAGAUUGACAGUUUCAUUGCCAUUACAAGCGCGGAAAACGGUGAAUUGGCCAAGCAUUUCAUCGAGAUGGCCGGUGGCGAUUUGCAGACAGCCAUAGCCCUGUUCUUUGAGCACGGCGGUAAUUCCCAGUUGAGACGCCAGGCUGGGAGCAGUGAUCAGACAGGAACAGAUGUUGAUCGCAAUAAUGAUGAGGAUGUAGCCCAAAGAUUACAGGCAGAAGCGUACCGCAAUGAGGAGGAGUUUGUGAGAGCCCCUGAUCAAGCAAGGCAUGAGACACUAGCUGAGACCCACAUCUUUCCGGGAACUUAUGGUGGAAUUGGUGGGAGUUUCAAUCCCUUGCGUCAAGCUCGAGAUAUGUUUGACGAUUCUAGGCCGGCUGGAGUGUUCAACCAGAGGUUGAAUGACGACUUUAUCGCUGAUGGUUCGGCUUCAGACUCAGAUUCAGAUGAUAGCGCGGCGAGCUCUGAAGACGAUGAUGCCUAUGAGUAUGUAGAGGAGCCGGUGAUCGAACUCGACGAGGAUGGGAACGUCAGAGAGUAUACAAAACUUGUAAAGAGACCAAAGGCGAUGUCGAGGGAACGUAGGCUGGCGCUACUCUUUAGGCCGCCUUUCGACUUGAUGACCAAAUUGAACUUAAGCAGUGCCAAGGUGAGGGCUCGGAAGAAAAGUAAAUGGAUGAUGGUCAACAUCCAGGACUCUGGAGUGUUUCAGUGUCAGGCUCUGAAUAGGGAUUUAUGGUCGUCAAAAGAGGUGAAGAAGUUAAUCAAAUCGAACUUUGUGUUUUUACAAUACCAGUAUGAUUCGCCGAACGCUCAACCAUACAUCAAUUUCUAUGGGAUCCGAAGCAAGGACUCCCUUCCCCACAUAGCAAUACUGGAUCCCAUGACGGGCGAACGAUUGAAGCAAUGGAACAAGACGGUUCCAAUGCCCGACAGCUUUAUAAAGGAAGUCAACGAGUUCUUGGGAUCGUUCUCUCUGGAUCCCAAGGCGGCAAAUCCAACUGUGAAAGAGCCCACGCCAGAGAUAGACCCGACAACACUUAGCGAGGAGCAGCAGAUGAAAUUAGCUAUUGAGCAGUCUCUAGGGAAGUCAUUUUCCGAACCAAUUGCUCUGGACGAGCCGGAGCAUCAGCAGGAUCUCAGCGAAAUGGCAGCGGAGAAAGACGACAACCGCGCUCCCAGCGCUUUCGAAGCCAUCAAAGCUGUUAAGCAUGAGGAACCCCCGAACAGGCCAGGAAUCACCACCAGAAUACAGGUCCGGACAGGUGACGGUCGAAGAGUUGUGCGUAGGUUUGAAGUACGUGACCUUGUGAGGAACAUCUACGAGGUUAUCAAGAGCGAAAUCGACGGUUUCGAGCAAUGCCAUUUCACUCUCAGCAACCACCAGCGCGAGAAUCUCAUCGAUAAGCUUGACAUGACAAUUGAAGAUGCGGGACUCAAGAACAGCUCGCUAUUGGUGGAAAAGGCAUAUGCAAGCGAUUGA